GACUCUCGACAUCACUUCGGCUUGUUCGGUCACAGACGGGCUGGAUGCUGGGUCAUGGUGCUCUCUAACAGCUCUGUUCUUUCUCCAUUAGGUUGAAGGAUGACAAGACAAUAAACGGAUUUAUACGUUUCGGCGAAUAACAAAUGCGGGAUGUAUGUGUCCCUCGGCGGAGAAACGACGCUGUGAUAACGUAGUUAGUGAAUAGGGAGAAAUGCGUAUGACACGCAGGAAUCUGUCGUAAACUACGCCCUGGGCUCUGUACUCCGGCGUGAAAGUAGAGAAUCCUAGUCCGAGUGCUUCAGAUGAUCGCAUAGGAUAUUUUCUCCACCGCAACCGAGCUAGUGUUAGCAGCUGUGCGCGGGACACUCAGCGAGACCGGGCCGAUCCACUUCUGACGGAGGCCAUGCUAUUAUGCCACUUGAAAAUGUACCCGAAUAAUCAGCUGACAGCGCUCCGAUCCGUCGAAGGAAAACUUUUGGGUUCAGUUUCCACGGCGGGGUUGCAGUAAAGGAGGUCGCGCGGCUAACGGGGUCCCGAAGGCCGGUGUGAAGCGUGGAGCCGGGGCUGGCAUGAACCGCAUCGACUGAACGCUUCUCGGGUCGGCUAAUGUUCAUGAGGCGUGUGUGGGUCCUCAGAGGGAGACCUGAAUCCUACGGGCCACAUAUUUGACUGUCAUUUCAUGUAUGGAUGGGCGCGUGCAUGCUUUGACAGAAUCCUGCGUGCAUCGUUGCAGUGGGCACAGUGCAUCCCAAAGGAGGGGCUGUUACUCAAGCAAACAUACAUUGGCUCCGCCGAAGCGUUUAAUUAGCGGAGGCUCGCGGCUCCUUGUCUCCCUGAGAACAUUACGUAAGGCUGCAGCGUACGCUACGUGUUUUUGAAGAAAACUAUCGGGUGACAUUGCAGUCUCUCCCCUCUCUCUUGGUGAGAUUUAACGUACGCUCCUCUCGUCUGUCAAAGGAAGGGAAGGUGGAGCAUUGUCCGUCGUGCGUGCUGACGCAGUGGGAUUUCUACGUGUGGUCUGCGUUUCGGCCCGCCCUUCCCGCGGUGACGGUGAUGGGUCGGAAGCGGUGUGUCGGUGCAGAUUGCUCGAAGAUGGCGGCCGGGUGCUGCGGGGUGAAGAAGCAGAAGUUGUCGGGAUCCCCCGGUGCGGGGGGUCCCGGCGGGGCGGGGAGCGGAGUAGCCGGGACCGGACAUUGUGGAUCGGAAUUGGGGAUCGGGUCGUCGUCGACUGUUGUGGGGGGGAACGUGAAUCGGGUGAACGGCCUGGGGGGUCCGGGGCUUAGUACUUGUAGCAGCAGCAGCAACAACACCAAUGCUCUGUCCCCAACUCCAGGAGGCUACAACUCCACCGGCCUCUCCCCGACCCUCAGCCCCGGCUCCGGAGCCAGGAAGAUGGUCGUUUCGGCGGAGAUGUGUUGCUUUUGUUUCGACGUGCUUUAUUGCCAUCUUUAUGGAUACCAGCCUCCUCGGACACCCAGGUUUACAAACGACCCCUACCCACUGUUUGUCACUUGGAAAAUUGGCCGGGACAAGCGGUUAAGGGGUUGUAUAGGUACAUUUUCUGCCAUGAAUCUGCACUCAGGACUCAGGGAGUACACCCUUACCAGUGCCCUUAAAGACAGUCGCUUUCCCCCCAUGACGAGGGACGAGCUGCCGCGCCUCUUCUGCUCAGUGUCUCUGCUCACCAACUUUGAGGAUGUUGGUGAUUACCUAGACUGGGAGGUGGGUGUUCACGGCAUUAGGAUAGAAUUUUUUAGUGAAAAAGGAUCAAAGCGCACCGCCACCUACCUGCCAGAGGUUGCGAAGGAGCAAGGAUGGGACCACAUUCAGACCAUAGAUUCCUUACUUCGAAAGGGAGGUUACAAAGCUCCCAUCACAAAUGACUUCAGGAAGACUAUUAAACUGACCAGGUACCGUAGUGAAAAGAUGACCGUGAGCUACGCAGAAUACAUCGCCCACCGCCAGCAUCAUCACUACCAGAAUGGCAUCGGGCACCCUCUCCCUCCGUACAACCAUUAUUCCUGACAGCGAGCCGCAUGACCAGUCACUGGACCUCUCGGCGGACAUCUUUCCGGGAGAGCCCGCCCCCUCAUGGUCUAGCUAUCUGUACUACUGUACCAUUUUAUGAUGAUAGUUUCCGUUGCCAUGUCGACAGUCAGUUGGAGGCAUGGCAGCGGGUGGCAAAUAAGCAUUAGGUGAUUAUAAAGCGAAAAAAAACAGAUUCAUUUCUUUGUAUUCAUUUAGUUUUUGCAGCAUAUAUAUAUACUUAUAUAUAUCAACCCCUUCCCUUUUUUAAGCAAAUAAACAAAUACUAUGUUUUGUUUUUUCAACAAAUUUCCUAAAAUCAGGUUUCUCAGUCUGUGGAUGGAAAUAAGUCAUAUUAAAUGUUGGAGUAGUUAUGCUUUUGCUCAGAUUUUAUGUACGCUCAGCUUUAGUGACUUGCUCAGUUUUUUUCCCUCCUCUUUUAUUGUUUCUUAUUAGUUUGACUUUUAUAUCAUAUAGGCAGACACAGGGUUUAAGGGAUUCUGGUUCCUCUCUGUGCAGUUCCUCGUGAGUGGUGAUUUUGUUUUCCGUUCUUGUUUAUCGUGAGCAUUGUUGGGUUCUGCAGUGUGGCCGAGUUUGGCAGUGAAGUGAACUAGUCAAGUGUUGUUGUAUUUUUUUUUCCUCUCAGAUUAUUGAAACCACUAUCUUAAAUUAGCUUUUGGGUUCACCAGAAUAUUUUCCCCAUGAUGUAAAAGCCUGUUGCUCUUAGCAUUACUCGAGUUGAUUUGAACUGAACUAACUUCGAUAAACAGUAAGCCCUUUUUUGUCUAGUGUUGCUAGGAAAAAUGUCUCUUAUUUAGUUUCUCAUGGUGAUGUGUUGUAUUAGUGUUUCUUAGUGUUGUUUGUGAGACUGAAAGUAUAGGUCUGUACUCAGAGUAAGGGUGUAAAUGGAUAGUCAGAGAGACAUCAGAUUCAAGUCGGUCUGUUUUGUAUCGCUCCUGUUUUGUCACACAGAGAGGAAAACCUUUGUGAGAGACCAAGGUCAAAUGACAGGGACAAGCUAAAAAAAAAAAAAGCCAUACUCUUUUUAAUGCAUGCUGUGGCAGGGAGGUUGCUCUAAAUAGCUGUUUUUAAUUAAUUUCUCUCCUGGUCUGUUUACCUGGCGCGGGAAUCUUCACUCUCAGGAGGAUGCUUCAGAAAGCUCUUUGUUUAGUUUUUAAUGAUCUGUAGGGGUGCACGAUAAAUAUCGGCCGAUAAUUAGUGCGCAUCUCGUCAGUAAAGACGCUGAUAAUGAACGUGGAUUUGCGCAGCUUGUCAGUUAACAACGGCUCUGUGUAGUAACAGCUGCUCUAUGUGAAAUCAUGGAUUUGAUGGGAUUUUUACCGCUGAUUAGAGAACCGGCUUUACUGACGAGAUGCGCAUUAAUUAUCGGCCGAUAUUUAUCGUGCACCCCUAAUGAUCUGGUAAUAUGGAUGAAUAUGUCCGUUUCUGUCUCGCAUGGCAACAAUGUUUACACCUCCAUACGAACGCGCAGACUUUACAGUUGAGAAGAUAACUAAUUUGAUUAAUGUUGUCAUGUCACACCAGGGAGUUUUUCAUUGGGAACUAUGGUUGUAACUGUUUUCAUAGUUUUCUCACUGACGAUUUAUACACUAUUAGACCCAUUUUCAACUCUUGCUCUGUGUUAUUUUGAGACAGCUUUUUUCUUUUCUUUUUUUUUUCAAAGACCAGAAGGUAGACUGAAUAUCACGUGUUAUAUCGUCUGUAGAAGCAGUGGACUCACUUUUCGACCACUUCUGAAAGGAAAAUAAUGGGAGAGGUUCUUGUGAAAAUCGGGUUUUGUUUUCAUAUGCAAAAUGUUAAGGGCUUUUGGGGUUCCAUCCACAGUCGUUAUCCAGCUCACUAAAACCUAAAAAAAAAAAAACCUGAUUUCAGUUGUUUUGCCUUAAAAAUGGUUAUGAUGUGGACCAGCAAAUAUUGCCCUGAGUGCUCAACUACCUUCACAACAUGAAGGUUUUGACCAGCGACUUUUGGGCAAAGAUGCCUGUUAACAGUCAAGUGUUUAUUACUGCCCAGCCGUGACUGUUUUUCAUCUGAUUAAUCUAAACCCCACCUACCAGGAUGUAGGUCAGUUAAGAAAAGUGACACAUUUGUGGUCUCGGUCUUUAACAACCCUUUAAAUAUCAGAUUUUUUUUAAACCCCGUUUUUGUGUUUCUAGUUGGACGAUCAGGGCCUCGUUUGUUGGUCCAUUAAAACAGCACAAACUAAACAUUUUUUUCUGCUGCAAAAUCAACUAAGUCUUUGCAUUUGAAAUCUGAUGUAUUGACCAUUGGAAUACAUUUGUUGCAUGAAUAAGAGGCCUCCUGUUAAAUAUGGCAUGCUUGUUUCACUGCUAUAUAGAUAUGAGAAAAAAAGACUAUAUAAAAUGGUGCUAUCGGACCUCAUGUCGGGGGCGGUCGCAGUAAAUGUGACUGGUCAUGCGGACUCAUCGAUCAUAUCAGACUUUAUUAUUAUCCUCAAUAUAUGCAGAUCUGUUUUACAGGUGUUUUUUUUUUUUUCCUAUCAGUGUAAUCUCCUGCAGGUUUGAAAGGACAAGUAGUGACGAGUCUAACCCCAUCUUUCCCUCAUGGCCUGGGGGAUUCGGGCAUAUGCUUAACAUCUCAUCUGUUAUAGAUGUGCACAUUUACGCAAUAUACAAUUACCCCGGAGUCUCACUCCUUGUGGAUGUUUGCGUUCAAGUACAGUUGCCUCCAUAUGGCCAAAACUACAGCGAUUAAUGAGGUUCAGUAAGCCGAGUUAACUUUGCUAACAACAUUUGUUCAAAUAUCAUCGGUUCGUUCGGUUGCAAGACACGCUAUGUGAUGAAAGACACGUUGGUUCUGUCAGAUGUCUAUACAUUUUAGAGUUGUGAAAUGACUGCAAAUGGAACGAAGUAUUUUCAUGAUUCCUAGAGUAGUUUGAACAUGCACUUUGAGGACAUUAGCAAUCCCAGGCGCAUUUGAACACUGUAGAAACUCCCAGUACCCGUCCUACAGUUACAUUGCUCAAAGAUCGGUUCAAAAACCAUUUUCUCGCUACACUGUCUUUGGGUUUCUGUCAUUUUUAACAACACAAAUGGGAUUAGUGUUUGGUGUGUAUAGCAAAUGCUUAUUUUAGGCAUAAAUGUUGGGUUGUAACACCUGCAGACGAGCUUGGCGCUCGCUGUUGAACCCAUAGUCCUUUGAAAGUCAUUUGGCUCAUGUUACCUUUGUGUGUUCAACCGAACCAAAGAUGCCUCCAGCCAUGUCCAAAUGCUGCUCUACAGACCUGCCUUCCUGUCCUUCCAAAAACCUUCCCUGCAAGAGAAAUGUCUUGUGUUCUGUGUAUCUUUUUUUUUUUUUUUUUUUUUACAAUUUCUAAUGUUGUUUUAGGAUUUUAGCUACCUAAGUUCAAUGAAUUUUCAUUGUAGCUGUCUUUGAGACCUUGCACGAUGUCAAUGACCGUAAUACUAGGUUGCACUUUGUUAUUUUUUAUUUUAUUUUGUUUUCAUCAUUGUUGUUGUUGUUAUUAUAUAUUUUUGUAAAGAAAGAGAACCCCAUAGCGUGCCUCUUAGAUUUAUGGGUUUCUUAAUGUUUUUUUUUUUUCUUCUUUUUUCCUAAGACCAGCAGUUAUACUUUAUACAGAAGAUGAGUUAAUCCUUAUUUUUAAAUGCAAUUUAAAGAAAAAAUAAAAAGCCUCUUUUCUUUACUCUGGACCCAGUAGCUGCACUGGCAUACAAUCGCACUGAUAGAUAUGGGGGAAAAAGUAUAACUAAUAAUAAUAAUGAUGAAGAUGAUUUAAAAAAAAAAAAAUAUGUAAGAAAUACAAUAAAUUUGUUUGAAAACUUUUUUGUAAAAAAAAAAAAAAAUAGUAAACACAAUGACUGUUUUUGUAUAUCGAGUUAAUUCUUUUCAAAAUAAUAAUAUUUUGGACCUAGUUUCUAAAUUAUUUUAGUGGUUUUCUAUGUUCUGGAACUUUGAGAAGAUGAGUUUUGAACAUGCCCUUCGAUGACUGACAGCUUGCAGUGUUGUCAUUGCGGGCACCGGGGGUUGCCUGGUGUAGCCCCAUAUGCCCACCACUUUUUGUUUCUAUUUUGAUUUUGGAUUCUUUCUUCCUUUCAUAACUUGAAAUAGUUAAAGUAACGACUUGGAAAAAAAUAAAAAAUAAAAAAUAUAUAUAUAUAUAUAAAAACAACUCCCAUGUAGAACUAGAUCAUUUAUCCCCACUGAAUUGCUGUUAGUGUGAUGAGACUUGAAAUGGGCAUUUAUUAUGAAUAUGGUAGUAUGGCUCCAAAAAAAAAAAAAAAAAAAAAAAAAAAAAAAAGACAAAAAUUACAAAAUCUACACCAAAAAAAAGAAAGAAAGAAAAAGUGUUGGGGGGUGGGGGGAUAGAUGGGUUAUAUGUGAGCUAUGGCUGUGGCAAUGAUAAUGUAGUUUUAAAACAUUAUUGUUAUUACCUUUUAAAUCAUUUAUCCAAUAAAAAAAAUAAUUCUGAAAGAA